AUGGCAGGAGAUAAUCUAUCCACUAACCAAUCACAGGCUGGUGAGUCAGCAAACCAGUCGACUUCAAGUGCUAGAAGUUCACCGGUCUCUAAGUUAAGACGAUCGAUCUCAUUUAUUAGAUCUCUCGGGAAGCUGGGGAAGGCCAACAAGGAUAAGGAGGAAAAGUCGCAAAGUACCACCCCUGUCCCCAAGGUGAAAGGAACUUUAGAGGUACAGACUUCUCAUGCCACUCUUCCCACGCCGGACAUUUUCAGCAAUCCUAACAGCCCAUUUUUCAGGGGGGAUGGUGCACCCAUAUCGCGUUCUACCUCGUUACGCUCUGUCUCUAGUGAUCGACCCCAAUCCCCUAGCGUAGCAUCGACUUCACAGGCAGUUCCCACAACGACAGGAUUUCAAUGGAAACCCCAGGCCGUUCUCUCUGUAGCUGACGUCAAGGACCCCGAGGCCCAAAGCAGAGUCGAACACGUCAUAACCCGCUGCGGACUUGACGAUAAGAAGGUAUCGCCCCAAGAGGCUUACGACGCAUUGAGGAUGGCUAAAGGCUCAGUGGACGGGGCUUACGCAUUGAUCAAGAAAGGUGAGCAUAUCUACUCUUCCGCGGUAGAUGACCCUGAGGUUAGGGAACAUUUACAGAAUAUAGGUGUGCUUCCCCCGGAUGCACCUAGGCGGAAGAAGGUCAGGUUCGCUCACUCUCAUACCUACAUUAAUUAG